CAUUUUGUUAGGUAUGUUAGGACAUCCUCCUCAUACCGCACUAUUACCAUGUAUCCGAAGAUGGAGCAGCAGGGGAGGAAAGCCCCCACAGAUGUUUGAGCAAGAUAACAUUCGGUUAAUUUUGAUCUUUGGAACGCUGCUACAUUUAUCAAAAAUGACUACAUACGGGCUAGGCUUACACAGCAUAGGGCUAAACAUGUUGUUUUGCUUUCUCUUACGUCAUGCCGAUUUGUACAAUUUAGACAUACCGCACGCUAUUCCACUCAGUGGUCCGAAUGGAACAUUUUUUGGAUAUUCUGUGUUGCUACACAAGCAUCAGCAACAGACAUGGGUAAUAGUUGGCGCACCAGUUGCAAAUUCAAGGUUCAACCAGGCUGUCAGGAAUCCUGGAGCAAUCUACAAGUGCAAAAUUACAGACAAGAAGGACUGUGAACAGAUUCAACUCGGUGUAAUGCUUGACAUGCCCUGUGGCAGACACUGUUCUGCUGAGGUUGAAAACCAGUGGCUUGGUGUGAGCCUCUCCAGGCGGCAGCAGGAUGGACUUGUGUUGGCCUGUGGACAUCGUUGGAAAAAUGUCUACUUCACCAAAAAAGAAGAUCUAAAUAAGUUGCCACAUGGCGUAUGCUACAAAUUGGAGUCUGACUUGAAUCAAUCAAGUCCUUUGAUUCCAUGCUACAGAGAUCACGAAAAUAAGUUUGGCAAUGACUUUGCGUCAUGUCAAGCAGGGAUUUCAAAUGUCCUUAUUGGGGACCUCAUAGUAAUGGGAGCCCCUGGAACCUUGUAUUGGACUGGGUCUGUUUUUGUCCACAACAUAUCCAGUCAGGUCACUUCUGCCUACUUGGAUGAUAACGUUGUCCUCUAUGGAAGUUAUUUGGGGUACUCAGUCAGCGCUGGCCACUUCCUGCACCCAAACUCCACUGAGGUAGUGGGUGGAGCCCCCCAGUACGGACAGACUGGAAGAGCCUACAUCUUUAGCAUAGAGUCCAGCACACUGAGCAUCAUCUCUGAGGUUAAAGGUCAAAAGCUGGGUUCCUAUUUUGGGGCCACUGUGUGUGCGGUGGACCUGAACACUGAUGGCCUGUCUGACCUGCUGGUGGGAGCUCCAAUGUUCAGCGCUGUGAGGGAGGAGGGCCGUGUGUACAUCUACAUGAACCAGGGACAGGCUAACAUGAAGGAGAUGGAGUUUACAUUAGCAGGGAGAGAUUCAUAUGCUGCCCGGUUUGGGGAAAGUAUCACAAGUCUUGGAGAUAUUGAUGAUGAUGGCUAUCCAGAUGUUGCAGUUGGGGCACCACAAGAGGAUGACCUACAUGGUGCUAUUUAUAUCUACAAUGGGAGGAAGACGGGACUUGAACAAUACUUUUCUCAAAGGAUUGCUGGGUCUGCCUUGGGUAAUGCUUUCAAGAUGUUUGGCCAGUCUGUGUCUGGGGGCAUUGAUGUUGAUGGAAACGGUUACCCAGAUGUGGCCGUAGGAGCCUUUCUGUCCGACUCUGCUGUUGUUCUGAGGACACGGGCGGUUGUUGUGGUGGAGGCGACGAUACUUCUUCCUCCUAGUGUGAACCGCACCCAUGCCCUGUGUACAGAGAACGGCCAGCCUGCCGUUUGCCUCAAAACCUCUGUGUGCUUCCAGUUGCACGCGAAACGUGUCUCUGGGCUCAUCGAAAUACUGUACAACCUGACGGCUGAUGUCAAGCACAUAGAGGGGCUCCAGUCCAGAUUCUUCUUCAACACCAACGGCACAGAGUUAUCAAAUGCCACAGCAGGCAGCAUCAAGACCAGGCAUGGCCACAUGACCUGUGUUACCCACCUGGCCUUUCUGAGGAGAGACAUUCGGGACAUCUUCACCCCCAUCCACUUUGAGCUGCAGUAUGAGCUGGGAGAGCACAAUGUGGUGAGGGGUAACUACAAGAGCUUUCCCCCUCUCAGGCCUAUGCUCCAGAGGGGAGAGGAGUCCAGCAACUUGCUGACCAACAAGACUGUAUUCACCAGGUACUGUGCCUGGGCCAACUGUUCCACCAAUCUGCAAGUGUCUGCACAGCUGCUGUUACCGAGGACACAUAGAGACAUGCCAUACGUUGCCCUGGGGGAGGGGAAGACCAUUCUACUGAAUGUUACGCUGUCCAAUGCUGGCGACGCUGCCUUCCUCCCCAUGCUUCACCUGAGAUACCCCAGCAAUCUCUACUUCAUCAAAGUGUUGGACGCUGAGGAGAAAUACGUGAGCUGUAAAAUUGCUGAGGAAGAGAAGACAAGUGUCGGGCUAGAUUGCAGCGUGGGAAAUUUGUUUUUCAACACCUUAGCCAAAGUUAAUAUCAGCUUUCUGCUGGAUGUCAGUGCUGACAGUGAACCUGGUGACCUGAACAUUAUAAUCAAUGCAACCCGGGAGAAUUUAGAAAAUGAAGAUCUUCUCCAUGACAAUAUUGUUAAUCUGACUCUGCUAUUGAGAUAUGGAGUGAAUCUAAACAUCCACGGUUUUGUAUCCCGAACAGAGUUUGUGUUUGGGGACUUUGAGGAGCCACACUGCUCCGCUGAGAGGUUCAAAUACACUUUCAAGGUUGUCAAUGUUGGUCCAAGCAUAUCUCACGGCACAAGAGUGGAAAUUGAUAUCCCCAAAGCUUUAGCACCGUAUCCAUACAGACUGCUCAACAUUUUGGACAUACAGUCAUCUUCUGGGUGGUGUUACAUUCGAAACUCCACUGAUGGGACCAGCAGUACACAUGGCAACAUGUAUGGAAGCCAGAGAGCCAGUACCAUUGACAGUGUUUGGUUAAAUGUGACAACUACCACUGACAGCUAUUGGACGAAUAGGUCCAGCACCACACACCCUUAUUGGACUAAUAUUUCCAGUACCACUGACACCAAUUGGACUAGUAUAUCAUAUUGGGCCAAUGUGAGAAACUGGACCACUGUUAUUGAGGAUGAGUGUGAUCUGCCUGACUCCAAUCCCUUGAAUGAAUUAUUCUUCUUCUUCUCGAAAAGCAGUAGAAGACAUAUGUAUUGCAUGAAAGAGGAUGCUCUGUGUCUGUACGCGGUGUGUGAGCUUGGAGACAUGGACAUUGGGAAAGAUGUCACCAUUGAAAUGGAGGUCGAAAUGAAUUCGGGAGUUUUAGACAUCUCACCGGGAAGACAUAGUGUCAUGCUGUUAGAGACCACUGCUGUCAUAUCACCCAAGAAGGACCCAUUUAUUUGGUUCUUAAAAGAAGACCCCAUCACAGUGGUUGUCCUGGAGGCCCAUCAUAGCCACAAACUGAAACCAGUCAUUGAGCUGUCCAUCAUCGUGGCCAGUCUCUUACUAGGCCUCUUCAUCCUUGCCUUGCUGGUCAUCUGCAUGUGGAAGAGUGGCUUCUUUAAGCGUAAGUAUGAGGACAAGAUGGAGAAUAUACAAAGGCUCAGCUGGGACUACUGAGGACGGACAUUGAUUCAUAUCAAAUACAUGACACAAUAUCAUAGCUAAAUGGGAAAUUCAGUACAACAUAAUGUUAGAUGGUUCCUCAACCUGAAAGUAGUCUAAUCAUCUAAAAUGAAUUAUAUUUUCUGACACCCUGUAGUCACAUUUUGAAACCAGUAGACUAACUAGCUAGCUAGCUAGCUAUGUAAACCACACCCUUCUGCGAACACGCCUUCUGCAAUGAUGGCUACAAGGGAGUACAUAUUUAAAUUAGGUAAGAGUAUAAGAUAUUACCAUUGGUGUAUAAAAAUGACCGGCUUUAUGUGGUGUCACACAAAGCCUUAGCUUUUGGAUGAAGCCAGUAACCUUAUGGUCAAACGUUAUUGAUGUACCAGCCACAGUAAUUUUUCAGUCUUUAGUCAUCGUACUAUGAUCUGGUUUCAUCCAAAUAUCGUCCGAUCUGAUGAAAAACAUGAUUUUGACUGUUUGUGACCUUUAAGUUUUAAAAUAUUGAACUUCCCCUUUAAUCAGUGACUGAAGAUUGAUUGACCCACUGUACAGUGUCUCGCAAAAGUAUUCACCCCCCUUGGCGUUGUUACUAUUUUGUGCCAUUACAUCCUGUAAUUUCAAUUGAUUUUUAUUUGGAUUUCAUGUAAUGGACAUACACAAAGUAGUCCAAAAUUGGUGAAGUGACAUUUUUUAAAUUACUUGUUUCAAAAAAACAUUUAUUUUUUUAAA